AUGAAGAAGGACUACCCGAUUGAGGAGGAGGAGCAGUUGAUCCAAUCCACAAAAGUCGUAAGCUCACAGAAUCUCAUCAUAUACUUAUUAUUCUUGGGGUGGGGCCUUGUAAUGGGCAUCACCCUCAGCUCCUACCUCAAAGAAAUUCCACACGUGGUGGAAAAAGAGGUAAUCAAGAGUGAGUCAGGGCCGCUGGGCCUGAGUGAGUACCUGAACCCUCCAGCCGAGUGCAUGCACGACAUGACUGACCCGGAGCUUCUAUGGAGGGCCUCUUUUAAGCCCAAAGUAGUCGAGUACCCCUUCAAGCGCAUCCUUAAAGUGGCCUUCAUGUUUCUCGCCAAAAGGGACCUUCCCAUGGCCCCUCUCUGGCAGAUAUUCCGUUUUCCUGAGCAAGGAGGUGAAGUGGGGGGAAUUCAAUAUGGUGGAAGCCGAGCGCCGCCUAUUGGCAAACGCUCUCCUCGACUCGUUCAACCAGAGGUUCGUCCUGCUGUCCGAGGCCUCUCUUCAACUUCACAACCGUCUACGAUUAUCUCGUCGGCUCCGCGACCUCUUUCGUUGAGUCGUACGAUCUCGACGGCCCGGUUGGCCGAGGCCGUUACGACCGCCGCAUGGCGCAAGGACUCGCAGUGGUUCGAGAUGAGCCGCGAGCUGGCGCUCGAGGUCGUCUCGGACUCUCUCUACUUGUCGCUUUUCCGCGAUUGGUGCAAGCCCGCGUGCUACUCGGACGAGCACUACCUCCCGACAUUCGUCACCAAGGAGCGCGAACGCCAACCGGAUGCUGACGUGGGUCGACUGGUCCCGCGGUGGGCCCCACCCGACCAAGUUUGUUGGAACCGACAUCUCACCCGAGAUGCUCGACCGGCUCAGGACGGGGAGCGAGUGCGUGUACAAUGGGAAGCCCACGAAAGUUUGCUACUUGUUUGCCAGGAAGUUUACUGUUAA